GCGUUCGAGUGUAUUUAUUGAUUUCCUUUCCCCUUCUCAGGGUGUAACAUUUUGGAGGCACCGCUGGGAUAGGGAAAACAGACCACCGAGCAUACAUGGAGAAAUGGAAACAAGAAAUGCAGGAGGCACAUGAAAUAGUACGAGAGAACGCAAAGAAGGCAGCAGAGAGAAGUAAAAAACAUUAUGAUGGGAAAGUAAGAAGCUCUGUGCUAUGUCCUGGCGAUCGAGUCCUUGUUCGAAACCUGACACCUAGGGGAGGAACUGGAAAGCUUCGUAAUCACUGGGAACAGGAUAUUCAUGUUGUGAUCCGUCAGGUUGCAGAAGGCCUCCCGGUGUAUGAAGUCAAGCCUGAGCAAGGAAGAGGAAGGUCAAGAACCAUGCAUCGCAACUUGUUGCUGCCGUGUGAUUACUUACCUCUGGAAACUGAGCCAAAAGCACCACCAAAGGAAGAGAAAAGAAGGGGGAAGGAGACAGAGACAGAAAAUGCAGAUCAGAAAGAGGAAGAUGAAGAAGAGGAAUGGGUGUACUGUUACAAACCAGUAAUACACUCUCAAAUGCCCCAUGCAGACGGAGUGAUUGAGCGUGCAGACACACAACAGGACAGUGGUCAGGAGAAACAAAAUUUGAGUGAUGAUGAAUUGAUUGAAGGAAGGCUCAUAGCAAACACAGAUGAGCCUGAAACACAACAGGAAAAUGUGCCACAGGAAGAGAACUAUCAGGACAGGGAUGAGAGCUUAGUUGAAAAAGCAGUGGAUGAAAUUCCAGCAUUCCAACAUCUAGAGCCACCUGGAGGAGAAAAAGAACAGACAGAUGGUGCACCAAGGAGGGAAAGACGAGCCCCUAAAGUCUUCACCUAUGAUCAACUUGGGACUCCAACAUGCUAUAGUACAGCAUAUGGAAAUGAAAGGCUCUACCAACAUCAGCCCAUACAAUAUCAACACAUUCGACCAGUGACACUGUGGACCAAUCCAUUCCAGACCUACCAACCUAUAAUUAUGCAAGGAUACUAGACACAGAUUCAGUGCCGAAAAUGAUGAAUGAAGAGAACAGAUCACUAAAUUUGGGUGAUUAAUUGGCGGUACCCUCCCACCGAUCACGUGGUUGAGCCAACUAGGAUAUAAUGACUUAAGAACCCUUGGUUUAUGAGUGCUGUGAUGUCGGGACGACAUCUAACUUUGUAGGGGAGAGUGUGAUAGGUUGAUUUUAUUAUUCUAUUGAUUAUUAAUCAAAGUUCAUAAUUGAGGUAAAUAUCUCCAUGGGAAUUGUUAAGAAUAUAACCUAUCAUUCUUCCAUCGGUGAUCUACUUGUUGAGC